GGUUAAAGAAACAUCAAAGACCCGACAAACUGCUUCAUUUGUACAUUUAAAAAUAUUUAAAUUGAUAGAAAUUAAUCUUGCACGCAUAUUCUUGCAAAAUACAGCAAGUGGGCAGAAAUUAUCACAAUAUUUCCUCUUAAAACCAGGAAAAUCAACUUUUGUUAUGAAAGGGCAGUCCUCCUCUUUCUACCCUCCGUGUAAAGCGGCUCAUCCUUUGAUGUUAUCCAAAUAGCCCAGCACCGAGACGGACGCCGUUUGGGCCGUCUUUUUCCCCUUUUCUGGCCGCCUCGGCCUAAUUUGCACAUUUGUCUAGACAUGUAAGUGUCCGACACACGCAUUCGUACAAAAUCAAGUCGCACCAGCCAAGGAUGUAGGAGAACUGGAAGGCCUCUGCUGGACCACUUUUCUUCUUCUUUCGGCGGCAGCAUCCCUCGUAGGGCGAGACAUGUGGGUCUGUGGCUUGUUUGUGGGCCUGCUGCUGAUGGCCCCGGCCCACUCGUUCGGCAACAGCAGCAUCAAGCUCAUCAGGGCUGAAAUGAAGCGGCCGUGGAACAACGAGGUGGUCGUCGAGCCCAUCAGGGGUGUUUAUCUUGAGGACCUGGCUGGGAAAAUCGGCUCAAAUCUUCGGCAGAUCAGCAAUCAGGAAAUGGGAGUGACGGUCAUGCAGGAAAUUUAUGAUGCCCUGCAAUUCGGACCAACCUCUCGGGAUGAUACGAAUAAAGUUGUGGAGAUGGCUGAAAGGCUGCAGAUGAAAGUGAGGAGGUACAUGGCCGUCCUGAAUCGCAGCAAGGCCACCAUAGAGGAGAUGUUUUGGCGUCACACUUCCAAGCUGUCCUCGACUUCCUUCCCGUGCUGCACUCCGGAGCCAGACGCAGGUGCAGGCCAAGGUUCAAGAAGCUUUAGCUGCCUCAUUGGUGGUUCCGCAGAUCAACUCGGUCUUGUCGACCAUGGUUCGAACCUCACUGAUGUUUUCUCUGCCAACAUCAAGUCUCACCCAACCAUCAAGAGUCAGUUUUUUGUGUCCAGCGCAGACCUUAAAGGCAGGUCAUUCACUCGAGUCCUCGACCAAAGCGCACCGUGCGUCCAAGACACAAGGCAUAGGGACGUAUUUUUUGACACUAUUGAGGCGCACAGCAAGAAAGUCCUUAUAUUGAUCGACCACGGCAACUCUUUGAGCCAGAACCAGCUGAGUUUGGCCAAAAUUUUGAGCAAGAGAAUAAUUAGCACUCUGGCGCCUACAGACCAGGUCGGCGUAAUGGCUCUUGCAGAUGGCAUCACCCUGCCGAGCAACCUUAAAUGUCUGUCUUCGUCUCUGCCGCUGGCCAUCCAGCACGUCAAAACCCUUUUUUCACGAUUCGUGGACAGCUUGGAGAAAAGCAAGACGUCCACAAACCACUCCCUAGGCUUCCAGUCUGCUCUGCAGACCAUACGGAAGGUGGCCAAUGUGGAGGACACGGUUCUGCUGGUCUACAUCAGCAGAGGCUUAUUAUCCUCUCUUGAAGAGGCCAAAGUUGUUUUCGAAACUAUUGCCAACAACGCACAAAUUAUGCCUUCGAAAGUUGUUCUCAGCACUGCCGCUCUAGUCGAUGAUGGGAAGCCUCUGAUGAUUGAAAAGCAAUUCAUGCAAGACUUGGCAGCUCAAAACUAUCACAACUACAACCUCACCGCUCCUCGAAGGGUUAUUCCUGGAUUACUGCAAAUUGUAAAUUCAAGCACAAGCAUAUCACUAGCCGUAUCGCAACUGUUCAACUCUAUGAAGGACUCUGUCAAACACGAACCUUCUUUUUCCUUGCCUACUUGGGACGGCCAAGGUUUGGUUGUGAGCAUCACUCAGCCUUGUCUCCACUUGAACGAAGUGGUCGGUGUGGUUGGUCUCGACCUCCAGCUUUCAGAUCUAGUGGAGGACGUGACCUACUUCAAUGGUUACGGAUCUUCUUACGCAUUCAUCAUAACCAAGAAUGGUCUCGUCCUGAUGCACCCCUCACUUCCAAGGCCCAGUUUUGCCUUCGACCAGCCUCUGGUUGUGGACAUAGACAAUUUUGAGACGAUCCCCGACUUCCAGGUGGUGCGUCGAAAAAUGCUCAGCCACAAAAACGGCUCCUUCACCGUCAUCCUGAGAAAGAACAGUCGCAACUACGACAAGGAGCAGGUGCAUUAUUGUUGGCGGCAGCUAGACGAGGCGCCGUACAUCUUAGUGAUUGCCUCACAUGACAAGGGCAAACCUCUGAGGACUCUGCAGAGGGUAGCCAUUCCUUCCAGUCGGCCAAGCCUUGUUUACCACAGGCUGGACUUGCUGCCUACCCCACCAAAGGUCAAUAUUUGCAGACACCAAAGACAGCUAGCAACCCUAGAUUCUGGCUCAAUUUUUCUCUCGGCUGCAUGUUUCCAAUCACCGUUCGAGUACUUGAUUCACGAAGACAUCCCAAUGCAGCUGGCAAAAAGUUACAUGGACUUCCUCUUCAACAAACAAGGCGCCAAUCCUGGUCUUAAAUCGUCUGUGAAAAAUGACGUUGGCGCACUGAUGCAGAUAAUCGAUCACUGGAAGAAUGAGAUGCAGGAAAGCACUGUUGGCAAAUACAUUGUUCGAAGCUUUGCUGCAACCCCCAGCGGUGUUUUUCAAAUGUAUCCAGGGUCGGGUCUUGACCACGAUUAUGACCCAACUCGUCGGCCGUGGUACAUCAGGGCGCUCAAGUUUCCUGGUAAAGUGGUUCUUUCCACCCCUUACUUGGACGUUGGCGGCGCUGGAUACAUAGUCACAUUGAGUCACACUGUUUACGAAGGCCAGUCAGCUGCUCUGCACAGUCCCUCAGACACAGUGGCUGCAGUUCUUGGCCUCGACGUCACAGUUGGCUUUGUCUACAAACUCUUGAUUCAAGCUGCUCCCUUCUGCCAGGAGCCUGGAGUAAAAUGUCUUUUAAUUGACGACGAGGGCUAUGUCUUGGCUCACCCUAGCUUGAUCGACGGAAGGGGCAUUCGUCAGCACCUGACGCACAAGGAGCCCCUAGUGGCCAAUGACAUGCUGAACCACCAAGGUUUGGCCAGCAAAGUUCUGUGCUCGAGCUUUGCUGACCAGACCCUGCAGCGCUAUUUCCGCUUCAACACUAGUCUGUCGACGGUGCUGACCAACUUGGUGCACGGAGAACAAUGUGCCAAGUACCAAAUUGCGGCAGUUCCUGGCACAAAUGUCUUUGUGGUUGUGGUGAACGCAACCUGUGACGUCGUCACCACCUUUUGCCCGUGCAGUGUGACGGACCGACUCUGCUUGAACUGCAAUCGAAUGGAGCAGACUGAUUGUGAGUGCCCGUGCGAGUGUCCUUUGGAAAUCGACUACUGCACUGGCGAACUGGCAAAUAAAGACGAACAUAUUCCGAGCUGUCCUCCAGUUUUGGAAGCUCUCAAACCUGCUCAGCAUAGCGCAAUUGUUCCGGAAGAGUCGACACUUGAGCCUUGUUUCCCGAGAGAUUGCGAGUACAUAAAUGCAUACAGUGAUUGUCUUGGUGUGGUGGGGUGUGAGUGGUGCGUAUUGGACAGUGACGAGGAGACGCCCCUCCGAAGUCCAUUCUGCACCUUCCAGGAAAAGUGCUUCAAUGGCAUUCUCGGCUCAAGAACCCCCUACAGCAACACCAUCCUAGGUGGUCAGUUGUCGGAGGCAAGCAGCAAGUACAAAACAACCCCUAUUGGCCCUGUUGCCGGUGGCUUCAUCGGCAUCAUUCUCACCGUCGGAAUGGCCAUCUACUGCUACAAGAUGGCUAGUCAGAGGCAGCACAUACACGCUUACAUGAGCUCCGUGCCCGAAACGGCAGUUCGAAUGUCCACCCUAGACAAUGAAGUUGACGAUGAAGAUUCACCAAGUCAGACUGAUACAAAUGCUCAACAGCAACAGCAGCAAAUACUGCUAGAGGAGCUGCCAUCGGCCAUUUCCCCUUACAGGGUGAGCACCAAUUACCGAAGACCUCCUGGUGGUGACAGUGACCACGGGUACUCGACCAUGACCCCUCACGACGACUCGGAGCACACGCCGUGCGCCGAGCCCUUGCUCUUGGCCAAACCUGUGCGCACAUCGUCCAACUCGUCCUCACCAGUAACCACCGAGCUGCCCAUGAACCAGUUCUUGGCCCCUGUCACGGUGCACAUGGUCGACACCCUAUGAGCAGUACUUUUUUUUAAUUAGCCAUAAAUCAGACUGGUUGUUUAAAAAAAAAAACACCAAACUUAAGUUCUUGUGCCACUUUCUCCGAGCUUUGAGAUACAUUUUCUGGAUUUUCUACGAAACUUUUGAGACUCGACUUGCAGCUGUUUUCCUAUUUUUGUACAACAACACUUUGACGGACGGAGCCAAUGUAAAUUUUUACCUCAUAGCAUGCCAAGCAACUUUUUGAUAAUCGAACUUCCGUAAUCUGUGUUAAUUAAGGUAUUUUUAAACAGUACGUACGUGUCAGUGAGUGUUUAAUAUUUAUUUUGUGACAAUGUUCCUGCUUUUGUAACGUUUUAAGUACUUUUGUAAUAACUGAAUAUAAUCUUUGUACAUUUAAAGAACUGCAUA